UCGCUCUUUUUCACUCGACCUUCAUUCACCCUUCGAGGACCGGUUUCCUCACCUUUGGACAAGCUCCUCUUCCUCGUCACACUCUCAUUUACUUUGGACUGGUUCCUUCGCUCGUCUUCCUCUCCCUUCAUCUCGGGUCACUUCGUAGUCAACUUGCUUGGGUCUUUACGUCGAUUUUUUCUUGCGUGAAUAACGAAUAUGCAGGGACUCUUCCGUGUCGUUAGUGCUGCCGUGUUCGUUGGGACAUGGGCUUUGCUGUGUCUUGCUGCUCCUACAUCGAAGCGCCAGAAUCCGUGCUUCAUUACGGGGGACACUGCGCUUCCCGCAGAAGUGGCGGAUACCGUCCCAGCGUUGGCCAAGGUCAUUACUUGUGAUACCUCUACGGAGGUGACGACUGGUGUGCCGGACGUGAUUUCGGGCGGAAUUGCCUACAGCUCGAUUGACUUCCAGCAGUCCGAUUUAUCCCCUCUGAGCUUUGCUCUCGCCACGUUCACGACCCCCACCGAUCCCGCACAAGGGAACCUUACGGCGCUCCAGGAUCAGUUGAACGACUAUCUCGCUGUCGAAGCAGGCGUUCGCUCGCAGUCGGGUACGACUAUCUUGAACACCCUCAAAGUCCCGAAAUUCUUCCUCCAGAUGCAGGUCAGUCGCGUGAAAGCUGCUCAAGGCCAAACCUUGAGCGUCGCGGAGACAGUGGAGCAUCAGUUGGGCAAGGUCGUGAAGAACGCGCCACACGCAACUUCGGCAGAGCUUGCGCAAGUGUCGGCAUUGGCUGCGCAGGCCUGAGCGGUGGCUUGUCUACGAAAGCGAAGGGAUGUAUAAUUCGAGUGCAGUUCCGAAAGUAUCGAGAGCUUGGAGGUUUUGUCUUGUUCUUUGGGUUAUGGGUGUUUUGUUCGUUUCUCUGGGCGCAAUUACUUAUAUUUGGGACGUCGUAUCUCGAGGGAGAAACAUAUAUUAUCGGCAUUACAACCAAAAAAAAAAAAAAGGAUCCAACGCUCUGGUAUACGCAACACGAGGCGGUAACAUCAGCAUAGCAACAGAUAAAGUACAGAAUAACAGAAAGCAAGAUAAUCGUGACCGGUCGUAAACGUUUGAACAGGAGCCACAGGAUGUUGCUCUCGACAUAUGGGUGCGACGGGAGACGACAUUCACUCUUCUUCGUCCACUGCUUCUUCUUCUUCUUCCUCUUCUUCCUCGGCGGCCUUUCCGCCUUUUUUGCCCUUGGCAGGAGGCUUGCUUCCCAUGACAGUCGCGUUGAUCGACAGCAUGACUUGAACCUUCUCCUUCUUUCCGCUCUCUGGAUCUUCAACCUCGAUGGUGAUCCUCUUGCUGCCUUUCCAGCCGUAGCUUCCCGUCGAGAAAACCGCAGGUGUAAGCGCCGUGGUGCCAAUGAAGCCCGGGUCAGCCUCAGCAGCAGGCUUGGUGUCCUUGUCUUCUGAGAGGGCGGGAGGGGUGUGUGUAACGUUCAUAUGAAGCGGCAAAGCGCGUGCUUUGAAUUCGUCGCUCGUCAGAGUGGCCUUGGGCCCUCCAUUCUUCUUGCCCUUGGACUUGGGGCUCUCUUUGGCCUCCUUGGCUGGAGACGUGUCUCCGCCCUUGGUACGAGCAGAUUUAGCAUUGCCGCGCGUGGUGACGCCAGCCUCCUCAGAAGUACGCUUUUUGCCGGCCAUGAUGGUUUACUGUUGUAAAUAAGUUGUGGGUUGACGCAACGGUCGUGGAUAUAGAGACGCGCGUGGAGAGCAGAAAGGUUAUAAGAGCACGAGGGAGUUGGUACAAG